AUGAAUGAGGAUAUGAAAGCUUUAAGGAAAAAUGAUACUUGGGAACUUGUACGUCUGCCAAUAGGGAAGAAAGUUGUUGGCUGCAAAUGGGUGUAUACAAUUAAAUACCAUUCAGAUGGAUCCAUAGAAAGAUACAAAGCCAGGCUGGUUGCAAAAGGAUACACACAAACUUAUGGAGUUGAUUAUCUUGAAACUUUUGCACCAGUAGCAAAAAUGAAUAUAAUUAUAUUACUUUUGUCAUUGGCAAUUAACUCUGAUUGGAAUCUUCAGCAAUUUGAUGUUAAGAAUGCACUUUUACAUGGUGAAUUAGAAGAGAAAUCAUAUAUGGAGGUACCACAUGGAUAUGAGAGAAAUUCAGAUGCUAAUAUUGUGUGUAGGCUGAAGAAAGCAUUGUAUGGACUAAAACAAUCUCCUCGAGCCUGAUUUAGUAAAUUUAUGAAAGUUAUCUCAAGAUGGGAUACAAACAAAGUCAAGGUGAUCACAUUGUAUUUGUCAAACAAUCUUCUCCAGGGGGAGUUACGAUUCUAAUAGUAUAUGUGGACGAUAUUAUUGUCACUGGAAAUGAUGAUGCAGAAAAAAAACUUCGAUCAAUAUUUAUCUCAAGAAUUCGAGAUGAAAACUUUAGGAAGAUUAAAAUACUUCCUAGAUAUUGAAGUUGCAUAUUCUAAGAAUUCAAUUUUUUUGUCUCAACAAAAAUAUGUGAUAGAUUUGAUUCAAGAAACUAGAAAAAAGCAUGCAAACCAGCUAAUUCUCCAAUUGAUCCUAAUCUCAAGUUAAGUGCAGCGGAGGAAGACAUUGCUGUGGAUAAAGGGAUGUAUCAACGAUUUAUCUAUCAGAUACACGGCCAGACAUAACAUAUGCAGUCAGCAUCAUUAGUUAGUUCAUACACAAUCCGAAACAAAUAUAUUUACAGGCAGCAUAUCAUGUUCUACACUUUCUAAAAGGAACACCAGGAAAAGACAUUCUGUUCAAAAAACAUGAUUAUCUAACACUUGAAGUGUACACAGAUGCAGAUUAUGCUGGAUCUAUUGUAGAUCGAUGA